UUCGUGAUUGGUUGGAUAUUUUCAUUGGCUGAGUACUCGACUUUUGUCAUGUGAUCAUUCCCUAUUUAUGUUAAUAUCAGUGAUAUUGUCUCGAAAUCUUGUGGCAAAACAAUAACAAACUGUGUUUUACGAUUGGAUCGUAUGAAUUUUUGGUGCGUAGCUGAACAGAGUGGUGAAGAAAUUGAUUCCAACGUUUAUCCUUCCUUCUCGACAUAUUCUAUUUAACACGUGCGAAGAAAAUCGAAUUUGUCAAAAUAUUAACUUGGGAAAAUUUCACGAGACAAUGUCCUCGUCCAGGAAAAAUAUUUGCUGACGAAAGUCAUGGUUAUUUCAUCAGAGGGUAUUCGAUGUACCAUGUAAGCGUGCAGAUUUCGAUCAUCAAUCUAUAAUACCACGAAUAUGCAAAUGGAUGAACCAUCGUUUUAAAUCUCACAAUUAGCUUUAACUUGUACUGUUUAUUGAAUACCGAGAGCGUGUUACAUACAUUGGCUUUCAUUUUCAUUUAAAGAUUGUGUAUUUUGUAAUUAUUUUAAAACUUAGAAUACAAAAUUUGACUAGUACAUAGUAAUUGACUUACCAAAAGAAAACAAAAAAAAAUACUGUUGGAGAAUCUGGAUAUUCUGAGAUAUUUGUGGGAACUAAAAUUAGCCCGAUGGAUGGAAUAAUAAAGCAAGAACCAACUCAAGAAAUGGCCCAAUCAGCGUCGGUACCGAUACCAGGAGGGCAUAGAAACAUUAGAGGUGUAUACGAUCAGUUCUCUCCGUCUCCUUUAGCUUCAGUAUGGCCAAACAAAGCAGAACACUUAGAAUCUCCAUUUAAGAUGGAUUCUGAUGAAAUAGAUGAUUUUUUUAAGACAGAAAGAUGGGAGGAUGAUGACAUCCUUCAAGUAGAUAAAGCUGACCUUAUUCAAGGUCCUACAUUGGCCGAAUUAAAUGCCAAUGACGAGACACUCCUUGGUGAUUUAAAUUUUGACGAUUUACUCUUACCAGAAGAGAGGGUACAACCGUUUAAAAUAGAUGUUAAUGUAGCUCAACCAGUUGGACCAUUAUUUAAUGAUAAUAGUGCUUUUGCUCCAAGUAGUUUUCCACAGUCUGGAUCAGCAUACCGUAAUGCCUGUCCAACGUAUAUAAAUACCCAUGGAUUCAAUCUGAACAUAAACAUCAAUGUUGCUGAUAAUUUGGAAACAGUUAGCCCCAAUACUUACCCGAGUCCAGGAACUAGCAAUGUUGCAGGUAGUUCAACGGCAAGUUCUUCGACAUCCCCGCAUCCUAUGAACAGGCCUAACGGACAAUCUGCUCUUCACGAAUUAUUAAUGAAACGAUGCGAAAAUUCGUUUGACAAUUCACAAUGUGGACAAAUAGAUAUUGGGUGUCCAAACAAUAAAUCUAAAGUUUCUAGACUUUCGAUGUCCGCACCAACCAGAACAAUGGGACUGGAACAGAUAUGGGCUCGUAGAGAACCGAGGCCACAUUUAUUAAGUACCGGUAGUCUUGGAGUUGUUGAAGCAGGUUCAACGAGUAGUUUAAGCACCGGGGGUGCGCUUAGUCCUGAUCCGCUUUAUCAUACUGAUCAUCUUAGUCAUGAUGAGGGUUAUGACGACAGUGAUGAAGAUAGUGAUCAUUACGACGAUUACAGCAGUGAUAAUGAUACAGGUGGCAGUGAUGGUGAAGAUCAAAACAGUAGUAACAGAGUAGGAAGUCUCGAUUCAAACCGAGAUGGUAAACAUAGCAAAAAGGAACGAUAUUUUUGGCAAUAUAAUGUUCAAGCAAAAGGACCAAAAGGACAAAGGCUUGUUGCUAGAACGCGUCUUGAAGAUCCGCAUGUCUUAAACGAGGCGACAGAUCCCGUUUUCAGUCCCCAUUGUGCACUGCGUGGAAUCAAACACAGUGGAAAGGCACGAAAAGGAGAUGGAAAUGACCUUACACCGAAUCCACGCAAAUUGUAUAGUAUUGGUCGUGAAUUGGACAAACUGUCUCGCAUUAUCAAUGACAUGACACCCGUUUCGGAAUUACCGUUUACAGCAAGGCCUAAGACACGCAAAGAAAAGAAUAAACUUGCUUCUCGAGCCUGUCGGUUAAAGAAAAAAGCUCAACACGAAGCGAACAAAAUAAAAUUACAUGGCCUUGAACAAGAGCACAGAAGAUUAAUUCAUGGUAUUUCUCAGGCUAAACAAACACUUGCUGCAAAAUUAACGGAACCUAAUCCUGAAAAUCAAGAGGAAUUAACUCGUCAGAUGGAAAAAUGUUUUAAAUUAGCCACGAAAAUAAGAAUAGCAAAUCACUCCACUGAAUUUGUCAACAGAGUAUUGGACAAAGUACGAGCCGGUGUUCCCGAUGGUGGUAUCGAUGAUUUUUAAUAUGCCAGAGUUUUUGCUAUAAAUAUUCAUACAUGCGCAUAGAAAAAUGCGAGGAAGAAGCGGUGUAUUUACACGAUAUUAUGUUUAUCAUAAAUCAUGAACAGAAUAUUUUAUAUGGAGAUCGGGAACCAAGAAUAUGAAAUAGAAAAGAAAAACACACUGUUUAAGUAUGUUUCGAGCAUUUGAAAAUAAUUAAUAGUAUCAGUACUAUGCAAUGUUAUAGUUCAUUACAAAUUUCAAUAGUUUGUAAUACCAAAUAUAAACUACUUAUUUUUAUAUGUACAUUAGAAAUUUUUGGUUCUCGAUUUCAUCUGUGAUAUUUCUAUUGAUUUAAUUAUUAAUUAGUUUUUAGUAGAACUCGUACAGUUCAUGCCAAAAAGAGAUAAAAGGUUUUAAAUCUUUGAUGCACUAAUUGCAUUCAGCUAUAACGAAACGUAUCAUCGAUUCUCUCUCGCUAAAGCGCUGCAUUCCUAUUUCUUAUUCUCCCUUUUUCUUUUUCUUUAUCUUGUAUAUAACCUGUGUGAAAGUGUAUGCAUCGAUGUGCACUUGUCGUAUACGUGUGCGUAUAUGUACAUAAGAUAAAAAAUAUACUGCAUUCCAGAGGAUUGUUUCAUGCAACAACAGAAGAGGUAACUAACAGAAUAGCAUCUAUUUGAAAAAAUAAUACACUUUGAUAAAAAUUUUAAAUUGAUAUCUUUCAGUUAACAAAUAUAAUGCACAUCCUUGUCAAUUUGUGUUUCUUUUUUAACAUUUACAAAUUUGUAUGCAUUAUAUAUUUUUACUUAUGUACAUAUACAUACGUGGGUUAUCUUGUAUAUAAAAUUUUUUUUUUAUAAUGUCAUAUUUGUUAUGUUCGUAAUGAAAGUUAUAAUAUUGUGCGCAUAUGAAAAAGUACUAUUUAACGCAGUUUCUUGUUAAUAAUUAACAAUUAAUAUUGGCUAUCAAGAAGGCUUUUUUAAUUUUCUUUUUUUAUUUUUAUUUAAAGACUACCAAGAUAUUGUUUCGAAUUGUUAUUGAUUAAGAUGCAAUAUACGAGUGAUAAAAUUGGUUAAUGAAAAAAGGCUUUGGAAAGAAAUUUUAUUUUUAAAAAGAUAUUUACUUUAAGUUAUUUGUAAAUAUCAUUUGAAGCGCAUAUAUAGUUAGUUUCUUAUCAGAUUUAGACACUUUUUUUACGUGUUACACGUAGUAUAACUUAUAAAAUACAAGGAGGUCGCUUAUUAUUUAUGUCAAGCUUCCAUAAUAUUUUAUAUAAAUACCGUAUAUAUAUUCAAUUAAAUUUACUUAAUAUGAUGUUUUUUCAUAGCUUUUGAUAACUUGUGUAUGUGAUUAUUAUAUGAUGUACAGCAUAUACUGUAAAAGAUCAUUACUAUAUCGUUUAAAGUAUUGUUUUAAUGUUCUCUUUUUUUUGUAUAUUUUAUUAUACAUAUGAAAAUGAAAUAUUGAAUGUGACAGUUAAGUUUAAUAUUAGCAAGUACAUAUGUUUCUAUAAUGAUUGAAAUGGUAAUCCUUUCCAAAGAACUCUAUAAAUUGUUUCGUUUUUGAUAUUAGAAAGUCUUUAUUAUCCGUUUAUGAUUGUAAUUUAGAAAAUACUGUACGUCGAAAUUGAUGGAAAGAAUUUAAUUAAAGUAGAUAUUUUUAAGGCUUUUAUAUAAUCAAUUAAAAUUAAUACUUUUACAUACAGUUAUACUUUGAUGUGAUGUUAUUAUUGUUUGAAGUAAAAUAACUAUUAUGUUAUGUAAAUGAAUGUGUAUGUGUGAGUACGUAUGUAUGUGAUUUUUGUAUCUGAAAUGAUUUUAUGCCAUUUAGAAUUUUUGUUAAAAGCUCCAAUUUACCAUCAUAAAAGAAAAUGAUCAAAUUACAGGACAGGGUAUUUCGUUUAAUUAGAUGAUUUUAAAGGAUUUUCGUUCUUAGCGCUAUAAACAAGUGCCUAGGAAAAGAAAUGUUUGAUUUUAAAGAGUAAUUUAUUAUUACAUUGUGUACGAUUAAUCAAUACGAUUGAAGUUUUUAAUAAUAUUUAAAUUAAAUAUUUAUAACAGAGUCAUUAUAAUAGUUGUAGCAGAAGUAGAAAGCAUAUAUAAUAUAUUCGAAUUUCUAUUUUACAUUGAAUGAAGAAAAAUAAGACAAUUUGUAUUGAUCCCAUUCAAUUGUUCUCAUUACUCUUUUUGUUUUAAUGAUACAACAUUUAAUUAACAAUGAUGCAGGUGAUCUUGAAGUAUCAGAACUUGAUGUUACCAUUAAUUGCUUUCAUAAAAUUAGAAUUUUCAUAUAUUUUUUUAUAACACAAUGGAUAUAGUUUAAACGAUCCAGUUAAAUAUAAUAAUCAACUCAUUUUUCGUAAUUUUUCGUAAGUGCCUUUAUAUUCUAUAAACACACUCGACAUACUUUUAAUAUUUCAAAUUAGAAAUCUCAUCUAUAAAAUAAUGGGCCACAAGUACAACAGAUAUAUUUCCCAACAUUUGAUAUUUUAAGAAAUACCAAUUCCAUUAAGGUAUUGUAAACUUUAAAAAUUAUAUUUUAUUAUUAACGUUAUUGAGUGUAAUAUUUUCUUUUUUGAGGGGGCAAACAUAUAAUUUUCUUUUUAUUUAAAAAAAAAAUGUAAUUGUUUCGUUAUAAACGAUAUUUUGAGUUAUUAAAUGAUUAUUUUUGAAAUGAUGAUGUUAUCAGCGAAAUCAGCUUUAUUAUUCAUCGCAUCGAUUGUUGAUAAAUUACUUUUUUUUUUUUUAAACUUUUUCAUUCUUAAAGUACAACGAAUAAUAAAAUUUGCUAAAAGAGAUUGAUGUUUGUGGUGUCUAGAAAUGCGUUUUUUAUGGAUAUCUUUGGCUAAUUUUAUCUACCUCAAUGCGAACCAUUAUACCUAAGCGUAAUAUCUAAAAACAAUAUAUUUAUUUUGUUACGUGAUAUAUAUAUAUAUAUAUACAAUAUGUAUCAUAUAUAUGUAUAUGAUAAUAUAUGAUAGUAGUAUAAAUCAGAUAAUCAAAACAAGAUAUGUUUUAUGUUAAUAAAAGAUAAAACAGGAAAAAAGGAAGAUUUAAUUAAUAACACGUUUUAUACUACUCUUUUUCUACAGUAUUCUUCGCUGCAUAUGUUAAAAUGUAAUAAUAUAUUUUUUAAUAGAAAAUACAUUUAUAAUAAUUGUAUUUUAUUUUUAAUUGUAGACCUCCAAAAUGUAGAAUAAAAGGAUAUAAUAAUGUAUGUAGCGCAUAUACUGGAUUGUAUUGCUCAAACUGCUGGUAAUUGAAAUUUAUUGUGCUUUUCGUUUAAAUUGUCUUAUAAUCAAAAUAUUGCGAUAUAAUUCUUUAUGUAAUAGCAAGUUACUCAACUACGAUUUCUAAGAAAUAUAUAUAUAUAUAUAUAUUUUUAAUAUUAAACAACAAAAUUUUGAUAUAAUAAAAAUGGUCUCUUUUAUUUAAUAGUUUGAGCUCGAUCGAAGUAGAUUUACGUUGUCAGGAGUUUCAGUUUGUUUCAAAGUGCGUACGGCCCUCGAUCGCAAUAAAUUGAAGUACAAACACUUAAGAAAAAAAAAGAUAACAAUGCAAUGUAAAAUUAAUAUCAAUUUCCAGAAGGUCAAAUAUCUUUAGUAUAAAAAAAAAAAAAUAAAAAUUUUACGGUUUUU